AUGGAAAAAGAUCCAGCCAUGUCAGCCACUUCAACAAGGGGUGGCUCUCAAGAUGAAGGCUUUGCAUCGCCAAUUGAUGAAGACCUCGCACCGCCAAUUGUUUUCAAUUUCGGUCCCCAGGAAGCCGCCGCUCCAGAGAAAGCGUACUUCGAGGCGUAUGUUGCAGCCCCGGAAAAGAUGCGUAUGCCUAAGGGCGCCCGCGACCUCAACAUGCUGCUCAAUAGACGUCGACGAGCAGCAACUAACAGAAAAUUCCGCGGUGGAGCCAGUGCGUCGAUUGAUAAAGAUACUAGCGGAAAUUAUGAUCCCAAACAAGAACGCCAAACACCUUCAAUUCCUGUAAGGCGUGUCAAAAAAUCUAAGGCUUCGGCGCUGGGUGAUGAGAGAAAUCCUAAACUCAAGAAGUCCGCCAAGGGAAUAGGCUGGGUAAGGAGUCUUGUGGUCAAGCUUCCAUUUAAAAGCAAAAAAGCUUUGGAUUACCUGAGGAGUGUUCCCACUGGCGAAUUGGGCCUAAAACUCUAUCAGUCGACGGAUGAAGAAGAGGAGUCUGAUGCAGUUCCCGACUCUGGAUCAGGAUCCGGUCGCACUUCCAAGAGAAAAAGAAGUGUCAAGAGACCUGCAAGACCUUUCAGAUCUGAUGGUUUGACUGUCGAUGAUCUCACUGACGGACAUCCUCAACGUCGCGGAUGCACCUCCUGCUUCGAUCAAGAUAACGAUGAGUGCUCGCUUAUCGACAACCACACCUACCCAUGCGAAGCAUGCGAGGACGCCGGAACAGACUGCAUUCUGAUUGUUCCCCCGGCUUUCAGAAAGAGCUGCGAACAAUGCAAAAAGAAGCGAAGGAGCUGCAGCUAUCGCCUCGAUGGCGGUAAGGGUGUUGAGGCUUGUGAUGCCUGCGGGGAAGAUGGCGUUACGUGCUAUGCUGCUCCGAUUCUCGAUGAACGGUGGGUCAAAAGAUUGACUAACAAUUCGGCCCGCAAGAAAGGAUCGAGAAGCGAAUAUGCAUCGUCGUCCGUGGCUAGUGACCGCACCCCAAUUCGAGAGCGUAUAUACGUUUCAUGCAACCAAUGCCGCAGCACUGGCAAGCGAUGUACGAACAAAGGAAAGGCCUCUACAGGACCUUGCUCUUGCUGUCGUAAAGCAGGCCAGAACUGCCAGUUCGUGUACCCGCCCACUCGCACUGCAGCUGAAGCUUCGGCAACCAGCAAGGCCGAGCACAAAGAGACAGCGGCAUCGUCCUCGAAGCACCGUUGGUCCAUCGCAUCAAAUCUGUCACCUGGAAACGAUAGUCGUGAUGGCACACCUGAUUCCCCCAGCACCCUGACUGCCACGCUAUACGGCGAGCUUGAGCGAAAGAACGACCGAGACCAAACCCCCCAGCUAAUCGAACGUACCCUAGGCAUCACACACACUGUCAUCACCACUGCAUUCUGUCACCCCAUUCGCUUCAACUACAUUCCCGACCCGCUCAACAAGAACCCAUGUUCGUGGUGCCACAAUCCAUUCUUCGGACUCUGGGGCCUUGCGGACUCUGAUGGCCCAAGAAAAGUCGAGGGAUUUUGGUACCCAGACGGAGGCGGCUUCGAGGAGAUCUUCGGCGGGUAUUCUGAGGACGGGUAUAGCAGAAGCUCGAUGUGUGUCAUGUGCACAUUUGAGCGGAUGCGCGUCACUCAGUGUGGUGGUCACCGAAUGCGCAUGCUGGACCCGUUGAAAGGGGAGAUUGACAUGCGGGUCUUUGACGAUGAGAAGUGGAGUCAAGCUACCAGAGCCUAUACCACAGGUGGCGAUGGCAAUCUGGUGCGCAAGACCAAGUGGUGUGCGGUUUGUCCUGCGACGGCGACGAUGAUGUGUUGCGCUCCACAGCGGUUUGAUGCCCAAGGUGACAGCCGAUACUACGGUGAGAGUGGCCAACAUGGCGGAUGCAAUGGAGCUGGAGAGGAGGGAUGUGGAUUAUGCCUCUGUGAAGAUUGUGCAGUCUUGCUCGAGAAGAUGGUCAAGGGCGGUGCGAGGACCGGAGGCCGACAGAUUGAUGCAUUGGUCAACCAUGUUCGGUGCAACACUUGGCGAUACCCCGAGGGAGUCCGAGCCGACGCUUCAUUCAUCACUUCCUCCGGCGAGCUUCUCAAGCGUAUAGAGCAGGGCAUGGGCAUAGCCGAUUACUCGCAGACUCCAAGCUCCCUAAGAUCUUCUACCCGCUCUCAAAGCCAGCAGCCAUCAGAGCGCAAAGAUUUAGUCUUCGGUGGCAUCAGCGGUGGCUACGGCGGUCCCCAGAAGGUCGACCUCAAAGGAAAAUCUAAAGCCAUCGAAUCUGUCCCCAGAUCCAGAGACAAUGACCAAGGGAAGGAGAAAGCGAGUGUAGUCGACAUGGUGAGGAAGCAACUCUCCUACCGCCAGCUGGACCCCGCUCCGGCUGCUGAGAAAGGCUUCAUGACUUCUGGUUCUGGUGAGAAAUCGCAAGCUCUGAUCGUCAAGAUCAAGAAGGAGAGAGUAAUAAAUGUCAACCAAAACGGCAUGAUUGGACGUGAAGGUCGAGAAGACGAUAAUUGGGGCAAGGGGAAAGGUCGUCGGUGGGCUGAGGAGAGGAGGGAACACCGUGGAGAGAUUUUGCGCGGGGGUGUGCUGGAGCCGACGGCGGCGGAUGUGGCGAGAGCGAUGGGAGGACAGGACAAGCCGGUGGAUUCGACGGACGUGGACGGAGUAUCCGUUCUUUUUUAA